CUCUCUCUCUCUCUCUCUCAGGCAAAUACACAGCCACACAAACAUACACACUCUCACACACAGCUGCCAACAUGUGCCUUUCAGCAGCUUUUCUCCUGCUGGCUCUGUGGGGUUCUGCUGCCGACGGCAAAUAUCAGGCCAGUUUCAACAUGGCGGGAGUUACUGGUUGGGUCCGGUUUAAUUCCAAUGAGCAAAGGGCCACUGUUAACCUUACUGGUACUGACACAAACACAUGUGGGGCCUUUAACCUUUCCAUCACAGAGUUUCCUGUAAUGUAUGGUCACAUGGCCCAAGUCUGUGACAAAGCCCACAUAGGACAAAGUGUGUUCACAUUAUCUAUGAAUACUGGAGGUUCUGUGGUGAACAUCUCUGAUAUCUUCAAGCAGAGGUCCAGCCUCGAAGCGCUGUCCGUUCUAGUAGAGACAUGCAGUGGCAGGAAGGCCUGUGCAGGGAUACUUGCAUUCAAGUCCAGAGUAAACACUUGGCAGGCUCGAUUCUUUAGUAAGGUGGCUGGGAAUGUCUACCUCCGCCAGGUCUCUGGAGAACAAGGUGCCACACUUCUUGCAGACCUCGUUAGUGUGGAUCCAAAUGACUCUGUAGCCAAUGUGAAUGUCUUUUUAUGUCAGAGUUCUGCAGUAAGCUGUGCAAAACUGCUGGUCAGCCUAAACCCAACUAACUUGAAGAACGUGGGACAACUGAAAGUCGGUUCUCCUCUUGAACCUGUCAAAUCCCGCUUGGAGAUCUCCUCCUUUAGUGCUGAAUUUCGUUUUGCUCUUAUCAAACUCACAUCAGGGUAUUCAUGUGCUGACCUCAGGACCUUAGAAACAAAGAUCGUCAGUGCUCUCAUUGACAUGAGGGGGAUCAAGGGAGAGAUCAUCUUUCACCAGUCAUCUCCUUUUGACCUGACUACUCUCACUGUCAACCUGACCAACCUUAAUGGAAGGGUUGGGCCAUACCAUGUUCACCUGUUUCCCACACCAACACAGAGGUCACCUCCAGAGAGCACUUGCAGUAAUGACAACCUUGGAGGCCACUGGAAUCCCUUUGGUGUUAACACUCAAGUUGGUGUGUACCCACCACCUUAUGGCUCAACCCAUGACCUUUAUGAAGUUGGAGACCUCAGCUCCAGGCAUGGCUCUUUGGCCAAUGCCGUUGAUUUCCAGGCCAGCUUCACUGACUGGAAUUUGCCUCUGUUUGGGCAAAAUAGCAUUGUUGGCCGGUCUGUAGUUCUUCAUCAACCAAAUGGAACAAGGUUUGCCUGUGCAAGCAUUGGCUAUUCUGGGGAAGUGAUCACAGCCAGGGCUGUCUUCCGGAAAACAAUAGUGGGAUUUAUCUUGUUCACCCAGCUGAAUGGAAACACGUACUCUGAUGUCUCAGUUUUCCUGGAUGUGUCCUAUGGACAACCAUCCACCCCUCCAACUCAGAAGCACCACUGGCACAUCCAUAGCUUUCCUAUCAGCACAGAGACAGACGCAGAUGAAGGUUGUUGUGAGUCCACCGGGGGCCAUUGGAAUCCUUACAACAUCAGCACCAGCGAGAACAGCUAUAAGGUGAACUGCAAGCCGGACUGUCCUUUUGCUUGUGAAGUUGGAGAUCUGUCCAGGAAACAAAGCAUGUUGAAUUUGGGAACAGAAAUGGGCAAACUAACCAGCAAAUACUUCUUCACAGACACUACGUCUUGGAUGUCAGGACUGGGCAGCAUGAUUGGCAGGUCUGUGGUGAUUCAUGGACCUGAUGAGGCAGCCCGUCGCAUUGCCUGUGCUAACCUCACACUUCACCGCUUUCCAUCAGCUUCUACUGGAUCCUGGCAAGGCUCUGGAUCCUCCAGUGGACACAUGCACUUCUCUCAGACCUCUCCUCAGGGCGCAACCAAUCUCCACAUCUUUUUGAGUGGACUGGAGGCAAGAGCAGGCGGUUACCAUGUCCAUCUACUUCCAAUAAAGAGUGGAGAAGAUGCUUGUUCCAACGAGAACAUCAUGGGUCACUUCAACCCCUAUGCUGUAAACGUGUCAUUAUCUCCUUCUCCAGGGAAUGGCACAGUGGAUCAAUAUGAGAUUGGAGAUAUUAGUGGGAAGUUUGGAUAUCUGACAGAUCAGUACCAACUCCAGAAACAUGUUAUGGACAGUAAUCUGCCUCUCAGUGGACCCAACAGCAUCAUUGGACGAUCACUGGUAAUCCACUACAGGAAUGGAUCAAGAAUGCAGUGUACCAACAUCACAGCUGAAAACUCUUUGGACACAUACUGGGUCACUGCCAAGGCAGUGUUCAAUGGCGACAUGAUCGGGACAAUAAUCCUGUCCCAACAGACUUUUCCUGAUGGCACUUACAGUGAUGUAACUCUGCUGGUGGACGUGCAGGCAUCCAAAACCCUUAAUGUCACCAAAGCCUCCUGGUACAUCACAGAACAGCGCUCUGGUGGACUGGCUACAGGUUGUGUUGGAAACGGAGGAACUUUUAACCCUUUUAACAUGACAGCACAGAGCUCUAGCUGUUCUCAGCUGACUCCUCUGGCUUGUGAGGUUGGGGAUUUGACCAGUAAACAUGGCUCCAUCAGCCUGACCCAGAGACAGCUGUACACAGAUUCCCAGAUGCAGCUGGCUGGAGAUUUCACAGUUGUCCACAGAUCCCUGAUCCUGAUGGCAGGAAAUGACACCAUUGCUUGUUCAGAUAUCAUCCCAGAAUGCCCCUCUGCUCAACAAAUCUUCCCCAACGUGACCUCAUUCAGCAGGUAUGAUUUCCGGAGGAGGGUGGCAGAUGUUUUGGAUAUCACUGUGUCCAGAGUGUCAGUCUUACCUGGAGCCCUGUCACCCAUGCCAGGUGGGAAAUGCCAGCAGGUCACCUUCCUCGUGUCAGGUGAGGUGAACCAGGAGAAGCUGGCCUCUGUGAAAGCCAGUGAGAAAAUGGGCAAAUACAGGCAGACUAAUGAAUGUGUGAAAGGUGGUGUCCUCAGUCUUCUAAACCACAGCUGGACAGUUCAGAUCUUCUCACUUGCUGCUGUUUGUCUUCUGCAGCGGGGGCCGCUCUGAGUGUCAGUGGCUUAGAUACCAGAUAUCUGAUAUCCGAAGAGCACAGUGCUGAUUCACACCCUAUAAAACUCAUCAAACUCCACAUUCAGUUCAUCACAUAUGGUUGCAGGGCUGGACUGGGACAAAAAAUCUGCCUUUUUUUUUGGUUUAGACCGGCCCCUCAUAAUUAGCAUCUUUAAUAAAUAUUUUCUGAAUUUCUCUGAUAUAACAGCUCAAUUCUAAUUUUUCAGGUUAAAGGUGCUUCCUCCCUUAAACAGCUAUAACAUGUAUUUGUAUCAGGCUACAAACUGAAUUUUAGUUCAGUGAUCAGGGUUAAGAAACUGCUUUAAACUACCAACAUUACUCAGUGUUGUACUCAAUUCUGGCUAUCCUCUACAUCCAGCUUCUAGCAAACUAUUUAUCUAAAUUUAGCUUACAAAUCCUGCAAUCCUAAAUUAAUAAACACAAUUUGAAGAUGAAUAGUAAUCCAGGUGCUGUCCCUGUUUCAGGCUUUACACUCACGUAAAUUAUGGUCACUGGUUUAUACUGAUUACAUACAGCACACCUGAUCCAACUAAUCAACUAACAACUAGCUUAUCAACUAACUAAAUGCCCUCGCUGAGGCGAGCUGAGUGAAGCAGCAUAAAAAACUAGCAUUUCAGUGUUACUCCUGGUGUAGCUGGUCCGUCAGGAUAUCCUGGGUGGUGUUGGAGCAGUAUAAUCAGAGCUCAUACCGCUAGAGCAGCACGUAGAACAGACAACAAGCCACUAUCACCGCUCUCAGCUACACGGGUAAAAUGUGUUACAGAGUUUAAAGCUGGUUCUGGGUAAUUCUGCACUGUUGGGUCAGAGAGGGCAGUUAGUACAUUAGUUAGAUCAGCUGUGUGUAAAUAUACGCUGUAAAUAUACGAGUUCACUGGUGUUGAGCUGAAAACAGUGUCCUCCAGAAACAAAAAGCGGACCUGCGCAGACUCGCUGUGUGACGUCAGCGUUUUCGGAAAGCUCAGUUUUCCCCGUCCGGGGUCUGAACGUAGCGGACCACGCAGAGAGAGUCACUGUCUAUAUUGAAGAAUGGCCAAUGGGCCGCCCCGUCUAAAUUGUGGGCCGGUCU